AUGGCGAUUCCCAUCGUGGAUUCUCACAUCCAUCUUUUCCCGGAGUCUCAUCUCCCCACGCUCGCUUGGUAUGAUCCAGACGGCCCCCUCGCCUCCCAACAUUCAAUCGACGAGUACCGCAUUGCGACAGUAUCGAGUAGCCCCUCACCAGACUCAUCACAAUCUACUUAUCUCCGGGGCUUCAUAUUCCUCGAAACCGACCGUAUUUCCGCGGUGGAUGAAGAAUCCGGAAAGUGCUGGUCACAUGCGCUGGAUGAGGUCUCUCUGUUGGCUAGGAUCAUUGUCGGAACGCCCAUCCCUGGAGAAGGACACCGAGAGGAUGACCAUCGGCUCUGUCUAGGGUUCGUUCCGUGGGCUCCAGUGCCUGGGGGACCGGUUGCGCUGGAAAGAUAUCUUGCCCUGGUGAAGGAGAGGACCGGGACGGAGGAAGUAUGGAACAAGGUUCGAGGGGUUCGUUAUUUGGUCCAGGAUAAGCCGGCGGGGGUCAUGCUACAGUCGGAUUUCAUCGAGGGGUUGAAAUGGCUUGGAAGGCAGCGAUUGACAUUUGAUCUCGGGGUUGAUGCACGACAGGGAGGCCUCUGGCAAUUGAGGGAAGCUGUCGACAUGUUGCGCAGGGUUUACGAAGGGACUGACAAUGAGAAAGAAUCCAACAUAAUCUUCAUUAUCGGUAUGGCGUCAACAAAAUGUCAUUCCUCCUGGCUGAGUCUCUUGCUGAUGAAUCUCUCUCCAGACCAUCUGUGUAAACCGAACCUUCGCCUGCCUUACUCUGCUUCAUCGGAGUCUCUGACUACACACCCCGAUUUCGUAGAAUGGAAGUCCCUAGUUGCAACUAUGGCACAGUAUCCCACAACAUAUAUGAAGCUUUCUGGUGGCUUCUCGGAGCUGCCCCAUCUAUCCUCGGCCUCCGAACCUGACAUCCCGGCUCUGGUCGAGCGGCUCCGCCCGUGGACGGACGUGAUCUUCGAUGCGUUUGGUCCUCAACGUGUGAUGUUUGGAUCCGAUUGGCCUGUCUGCAACGUGGGCGGGGGUGGCAAUGAAGCUGCCUGGAGGCGCUGGAAAUGCGUGGUGGAGGAGGUCUUGGAAAGGCGAGGAUUGAAUGAGGAGCAGAGGAGAGGAGUCUGGGGCCAGGUUGCUGUGAAUGCAUAUGGAAUUGAUAUCUCAACGGCCUAA